UAAUCUGUGCGGAAAAUAUAUAAAAUUUCAGUUUUCUACUUCACAUUCCAUAUUUUAUUUAUUAAACAUAAUAUUUUAAUGUAAUGGAGGGAAUUCUGUGGAAAUGGACAAAUUAUUGGAAUGGUUGGCAAACCAGAUGGUUUAUACUAGAAAAUGGCAUAUUAUCGUAUUAUAAAUCACAAGAAGAGGCAAAUCAAGGAUGUAAAGGCUCAGUAAAAGUAUCUGUUUGUCAAAUAAAUGUAAACAAUAUUGACAAUAGUCGUCUAGAUCUUGUGAUACCCGGACAGCAGCACAUGUACUUGAGAGCACCAUCACCUCAAGAUAGACAGAAGUGGCUUGUUGCACUGGGAAGUGCUAAGGCUUGUGUAGACUUUAAAGAAACAAAAGCGACUUUGGAAGAUACAACAUCAUUGGGCCACAAAAAAUCUGAGUUACGACUAUAUUGUGAUCUACUGAUGCAACAAGUGCAUGCUGUGAAGAGUGCAGCUACUGCUCAGGAAGGACCUGAACUUCAGAAAAUUGAAGAUGCGUCAAGUCUUCUAACCGCAACAUGUGACACAUUUAUCAGAACCCUGGAAGACAUAAUGCGGCUCUCGAGCACAGCUGGAAUAAAUUCUGCAACAUAUGAAAUGCCAUUGCCUAGUUUACCCAAGAACAACUGCCCUAGUAAAACACCGAGGCAGAGCUUAAGUAGAUCGUUAUCACAGGAAAACAGAUGAAAUGCUGUGUAAUAAUUGAAACUGUUGUAUUUAAUUUAAUUUAUGUUUUAGCGUGCAAUUUAUUCUGUAUAUAUACCUAUAAAAUACAACAGUGAAUGAAAAAAUGAAGUUCGUGACCAUUAUUCCCUAAAAUUGUGGAAUAUUAUUUAUUUAUUAGUACUCAGUUAAAUCUUAUUGUUACUACAAAUGUGAUUGACUGUUUUGUCUAUUCUUAUAUUAGUGAUCGAAGGCAGCAUGAAUAUAGUCAAAUUAAUUAUUGUAAUAUUUAUUAUCUACAUUAUUACACCUCAAUAUAUACAAAAUUAUAUUUAUUUUAAAAAUGAUGUACGAUUACUGUGUUUAAAAGACAUCAUUUUAUUAGGGUAUAGGUACUUAAUUUGAAGAUCUGAUUAAUUCAGAUGUUGAGUGUUGCCGAAUAAAUCAUUCCUUCUAAAGUAUUUAUUAAGGAUGAUAUAAAUUUU